AUGGAGUAGGAUCUAAAAGGAUAAGCUAUUUAAUCUCUAUAAACUACCGAUGAUACUGCAAGGACUAAGCGCCCUUAUAAUAAAAUUUCUUCCGAAUUACGUGCUCAAAUUUUACAUUCAUUAACAGUUGAAAAAAUACCCCUUUCUGAAGUAGUGUCUAAAAAUAAACAAAGGUGGCUUAAAAAUUUCAAACUAAACCUUGUACAUGCAAAGCUAUUUUGCUUACUUAUGAAUUGGAAGGAAGAAGUGAAAAAAAAACUUCUAGAAGAGAAAGAGUUGAAGUAGAAUCAAAAAUAAGAAUUGUUAUUUUGGACCCUUUUGGAAAUAAACAUUCAACUUAUGAAAAUGCUAAAUUUUCAAAAGUAUGUACUUUAUAUUUCAUUAAUAAAAAUAGCUUUAUACAGAAGAUAAAGAACUAAGUCUGACUGAAGAAUUCAACAUUCAGAAAAAGGUUGUCUAAGAAGUUAGCUAACAAUUAGGAGAAUUGUAAACAAGUUGUUAUCAUUUACAAUCUCAAUAAAAUUAGACUCAAAAUGAUGAACAUGCUCCUGAUAAUAUUUUAAGGGGUUUAAAUAUGGGUUUGCAUUUAGUGACAUCCAAAAUUAGAGAAGGAUAAAUUACAUUUAAUAAGAAAACUAAUAAAGAAAUCAAAGAAAUCAAUAAACAAAUCCUUCAAGUUAAUAAUAAUAAUAAUAACAAUAAUAAUAAUAAUAAUAAUAAUAAUAAUAAUAAUAACAAUAAUAACAAUAAUAAUAAGAAUGAAAUACCAUUUUAAAUAAAUUACACCUAAAUUUAAUAAUUUUUGAAGAGUGUUGAAAUUAAAUAAGAAAGCAAUCCAUAUAUUUUAGACUAAUUGAACCAAUUAACUAAUUAAACUAUUUUGUAGAUGAAAUUAAUAUAAAAAAUUCAGUAAAGGGAUUCUUAAAUAAGAUAAUUUCAAUAACAAGUGGGUGUCAUUAUAAGAAAAUGUUUCGAAUGCCAAUCUUGA